AUGUCGAAUCCAAAUUCGCUAUACGGCAUCCCUCGCUCUAAAUCAACCUCCCAAUCCCAAUCCAAUUCCCCUUCUUCCUCCACGCUCGCCUUCACGACAGCUCUUUCCUCCCUCAUCAACAAAGACGCCAACGCCUCCACCCGCGGCCGACCCCGACCAUCCAAAACCACCAAGUCAGACAUCUUCGCGCAUCCCAACAAAGGCGCCCAGAAACGUGCCGCCGCUGACCUCCGCGAUGAUGACACUCACCAAACACACCAGCGGUCCCAAGAUAUCGGGGGCGUAGACACGGCCACGCUGCACCGCUCCAAGCGGCGGAUGGAGGAGAAGGCGCGGAUGUACGAGGACCUCAAGAAGGGGCUGUAUCUGGCGGCCGGGAGCGACUCGGAAGAAGAAGAAACGCAGGACGAGUAUCUGGCGCGACUACGGCGGCGGGAGAAAGAGGGGCUGGUGGAUUUCGAUCAGAAAUGGGCAGAUGCCCAGCGAGGCAAAGGCUCUGGGAGUGAUGGCGAGGAGGAAGAGGAGGAGGAUGAUGAUGAUGAUGGAAAUGCUUCGAUUGUGUCCUAUGAGGAUGAGCUUGGUCGGACUCGUCGGGGGACCAGGGCCGACGCGGCUCGUGCGGCCCGGUUGAAGGAAGAAGCAACCGAACAGGGUGACGCGAAGGAACGUUGGCGUCCUUCCCGGCCGGACAAUCUGAUCUACGGGGCUGCUGUGCAGGCGGAGGCGUUCAAUCCUGAUGCGGGCCUGGCGGCGCAGAUGUCGUAUCUGGCUAAGCGGAGAGACCGGUCUCCUACUCCGGAAGAGACGCAUUAUGAUGCGGACGCGGAGGUCCGGAAUCGGGGUACCGGAUUUUAUGCCUUCUCCAAGGAUGAGAAUGUGCGUCGGCAGCAGAUGGAGGAGCUUAUGAACGCGCGAGAUGAAACUCAGCGUGAGCGAGAAGUCCACCGAGCGAGAAAGGCGGAGCGAGAGCGGGUGAAGGAUGAACGGAGGAAGAAGAUUGGAGAGCUACGGUCAAAAAGGCAAGCAGAGAUAUUUCUUGCUAAGCUGGGAGAUGUUGGCGUUUGA